AUGAACCUCUCCGCCUUCACCACCCGGACCAAACUCCCCUCCCACCGGAACUGGUACAUCACCCUAACGGCACCCAUAGUCGGGUGCCUAGCCGCGCGCCUCCUCACCAAACUCAUCUCCGCAGCCUCAUACACCGGCGUGCCUCACCGACCCAAAAUCUACCAUGCCCCAACCCAAGACCUCCUGACGUCGAGGGAAGACGACAUCCCCUACCCACCGGACGCUCUUCCAGGAGGUCGGGAUGUCUCGACGCCUUUUGGGAAGACCAGAGUCUACGAGUGGGGAGCGGAGAGUGGAAGGAAGAUCUUGUUCGUCCAUGGGAUUUCGACGCCUUGUGUUGUGUUUGCUCGGCUGGCGGAGCGGCUGGUGGAUAGGGGUCACAGAGUGAUGCUGUUCGAUCUUUUCGGGAGGGGGUACUCUGAUGCUCCUGAUCCGAGUGUCUAUCGUCAGGACAUUGGGCUCUUCAGCGCGCAGAUCUUCGCGGUGCUUUCCUCUUCGAAAGUGAACUGGAUGGAGGGGUUCACGAUGGCUGGGUAUUCCUUAGGGGGAGGGAUUUCGGCAGACUUCUGCUCGUACUAUCCCGAUCUGGUGGAGAGUCUGGUCCUGAUAUGUCCUGGUGGCGUCACGCGGCCUUUCAAAAUCAGUGCUGUGAGCAAGCUCAUGUAUAACGACUUAUUCCCGGAUUGGGUGGUGAACUGGUGGAUGGGGAGGACGUUGAAAGCCGCGAGCGAGGUCAAACACGCAGUGGCUGAGGAGAUAUCGGAUGACCAUCGAGCCCACGCUGAGAAUAGUUCUUUCCCUAUCUUUGAGAAUGGGUCGAAGGCCUCUGCUGCGACGGUCGUGGCGUGGCAGGUCACUGCACAUCCAGGGUUUGUUCCUUCGUUUGUUAGUUCUGUCAAGUAUGCACCGAUCCAUGACGGGCAUCAUCGAUGGAGGAUCAUCGGUGAGAGGUGCGAUGAGAAGCGGAAGAUUAGCCAAACUCGAGGCUUGAAGGAGGGCAAGAUGCUCUUGCUUUUGGGCCAGCAGGAUGUAGUCAUCUCUUCCACGGAAACGGCUGAAGAUGCUGCGUCUGUUCUUGGCGAGGGCAACGUGUGUACGAGGAUAUUACAAGGAGGUCAUGAUCUGCCGACUGUCAAUAGCGACGAAUGCGUUCAGGUUAUGACGGACUUCUGGGCGGGACUGAUUUGA